UCUAGAAGCUUUUCUUAUUCUAGGGUUUUCGUUCGUGCGAGGGAGCUGCGCAGGGCGCAUCGAUCGAUCGAUCGAGGAGCAUGGCGGAUGAGGCAAAAGCGCGCGGCAAUGCCGCUUUCUCGGCAGGGAAUUUCGAAGAGGCGAUCAAGCAUUUCUCGGACGCGGUUGCUCUAGCUGGGACGAACCAUGUUUUCUACUCCAAUCGCUCCGCAUGCUACGCAUCGCUCCACAAGUACCAGGAGGCUCUCGAGGAUGCAAAGAAGACUGUGGAGCUCAAGCCGGAUUGGCCGAAAGGUUACAGCAGGCUUGGCGCUGCCUAUGUCGGCCUCAAGAAAUUCCCCGACGCGGUCUCGGCCUACAAGAAGGGACUCGAGUAUGAUCCUAGCAACGAGGCUCUCAAGUCGGGCUUGGCGGACGCACAGGAAUCCAUGUCAGGGGCAGGGCAGCCAUCGCCUUUCGGGAAUUUGUUCCAGGGUCCAGAUGUGUGGGCGAAGCUGCAGCAGGAUCCCAGGACCAAAGCGUUUCUCACGCAGCCGGAUUUCUUGAAGAUGAUGCAAGACCUCCAGAGAAAUCCCAACGCGCUCAACCUUUACAUGAACGAUCCUAGGAUGAUGCAAGUUCUAGGAGUUCUACUUGGUGUGAACAUCCACACGCCUUCCAAGGAGGAAAUGGAGAAGGGUGUUUUUGAGGAGGAACAGGAAGCAUCGUCUCAGCCAUCCGAGACUAGUAGGCGUGAGACAAGCAAGCCUGCUACUCCUGCUCCAGAGCCGGUCCCGGAACCGAUGGAGAUACCGGAUGAAGAUAGAGAGAAAAAGGAAAAGAAAGCGGCGGCUAUAAAAGCGAAGGAGGCCGGGAAUGAGGCGUAUAAGAAGAAGGAUUUUGAGUCGGCAUUGGCGAAUUACUCCAAGGCAAUCGAGCUCGACGACGAGGAUAUCUCCUACCUCACAAACAGAGCGGCGGUCUACCUUGAAAUUGGAAAGUACGAAGAAUGUAUCAAAGAUUGCGAUCAGGCAGUCGAGCGUGGAAGGGAAUUGCAUUCAGACUACAAGAUGGUAGCAAAGGCGCUGACGCGGAAGGGAUCGGCUUAUGUCAAGCUGGCUAAGUGUGCCAAGGACUACGAGCCUGCUAUCGAGAUCUUCAACAAGGCUUUGACAGAACACCGUAAUCCGGACACUUUGAAAAAACUCAAUGAUGCAGAGAAAGUCAAAAAGGAACUUGAGCAAAAGGAGUACUUUGAUCCCAAGAUUGCCGACGAGGAGAGAGAAAAAGGCAACGAUUAUUUCAAGGAGCAAAAGUACCCCGAGGCAGUGAAGCAUUACUCGGAGGCUCUUAGGAGGAAUCCGAAUGAUGUGAAGGCUUACAGCAACAGAGCAGCAAGCUACACGAAACUCGGUGCCUUCCCCGAAGGGUUGAAGGAUGCUAACAAGUGCUUGGAGAUCGAUCCUUCUUUUAUCAAGGGAUACUCGCGCAAGGGGGCAAUCCAAUUCUUCAUGAAGGAGUAUGACAAAGCAUUGGAAACUUACCAGACCGGGUUGAAGUACGAUGAACACAACCAGGAAAUGAUGGAUGGGAUCCAAAGAUGCGUCGAGCAGAUCAACAAGACGAACAGGGGAGACAUUAGCGCCGAAGAGCUCAAAGAGCGCCAGGCCAAGGCUAUGCAAGACCCCGAGAUCCAGGGCAUUCUCUCGGAUCCAGUAAUGCGACAGGUAUUGAUCGAUUUCCAGGAGAGUCCAAAGUCAGCUCAAGACCACAUGAAGAACCCCAUGAUCAUGGCAAAGAUCCAGAAGCUUGUGGCCGCUGGCAUUGUCCAAGUGAGAUAGUUGACUGGGCGUCUAGUGGUAGGAAUUUUGCUGAUGCCGCUUCCUAUUAUGUCAUUGAUAAUGGUCAUGUGAUGAUGCAUCCGCCACCUCUUAUAGUUA